AGAUGCAUUCACGGACACAGGCAAGAUAAAUGUGACGUUAUAAAUCCCAAAACUACCGAAACACAAGAGAAGAGUCCACAGCCUCUAACGAAGAAUGAACGCAACUCAAAAGGCAAAGCCUCUGACACCAACAAGUCGUUAUUGGGAAAACCAGAAGACGUAAAGAGCAAACUAAAGGAUAUUUGUAUCACAGAAGACGACGUAAAGUACCGUAUGACGAGAGUAUCUUUAGAAGACAUCAAUCUGUUUGUGGUAGAAACGGGAAUCGCUUGCAACGUUCAGUUGAGUCCUAUUCGCCUUGCUACCUGUACCUUACACUGCGACAAUUCGACAACUGGUAUAAGUAUGUUCAUACAGAAUGUCAAACUACGUCAGUUUAUCCUUGCUCCAAAGCCAUUGGUAGCCGAUCCUGUGUUUGAGGACAUUCACAAGCGAAUGUCUCUCUCUGARGAUAUAGUUUGGAUAGAGGCUGCUGGAGUACAGCUAGGACCAAUUAUUUCUGAUAUUUCUUUGGCAGAAGAAAUAAAAGACCAUGUCGUUGACCAAAAGAGUUUUCUUUCACUCCACGACAAGAAGUAUCAACGUCUAUGGUUUCUGUGGAAUUCAUCGAGCGUAUACAAGUCUCCAGUAAAAAACUUUGGCUGUUGUGGCUGUAUUGGGGGCUGCAACUUUUUCGGAAAAAAUAUAAAUGGACCUCGGUUCUUUACGUCGGAGAAACUGGAGGCAAGCAACAACGAUACUGGAAUUGCAGGUUUUGGUAGUGAAGGAGGACUUUACGAUGAAGGUGAUUUCCACGAUGAAGAUACCAAGCCACUCAUGUAUUCCCGUGAUGCUCUUGGGUCAGCAUAUUUAGACCAAAGUCCCGUGGGCUCAGUAGAAGCAUUUACUCGUAAACGUUAUCACGGCUCAGAAGCAAGUAGUCCACGUCUCAAGAGAGGAUAUCUCAUGCGUACUAGACAUGGCAACACCGAUGAAAACAAUACAAAUGACCCAGCAUCACGAUUAAGCUGGCAUGAUUCACUCCAGAGAUCGCCAUCAAUAGCGUCGAGUAAGAGGAGAUUCAUGCCAACUGGCAGCCUUAGCAGCUCCAAGCCAAGUCUAGUCAAGAAACCGCGAGCCCAACCGUUGACUAGCUGUUCAUCGCAAGGAUCGUUCUACUCGUGUGGGAGUCUUGUUGAAGAUGAUUUGGAUGCUAGUGUUGAGGUACCAAUACACGGUGCAUAUUCUACAGAGUCUUUUACAUCAGCCGUCGAAAACCCUCAUGAGCUUCCUGACUUUGUUGAUGGAGCAUCACCCCAGUUAUCCGACUUUGUUGUGUCGUGUCCUCAGCUUGUGAGUCGUUACUCUCAGCAACUAUCACAGCUGGAAUGUUUAAACUGGAGUAUUCCUGCAGAUAUCCCGUCUAACAAGAGAGUCUUUAAUAUUGUUGAAAACUUGAAGGAAACUGAACCKAGCGAUCCACUCGUUCUACCAGGCGUUCCACAAUUCAACUACCGAAAUCCUCCAAGGUUCAAACAACCCUUGCUUAUUAAAAAGUCUCAGAUUCGAAAAGGAGAUCAAAGAGAUCAAGAGAACGAAGCUGAUGUGAGCUCUACGAGCACAGAAUCUGUACAUGUUGUUGCAGAUGGUAACAUAUUGAGGAAGAGUUACAGAGAAGAUGACAGCCUUGAAGAAAGUAGUGAAGCCGACUCUGUACGCAAGGCAACAUGGAAUUCAGCUUUAAACGAAUACAGUCGAAUUUCUACAACAACAAGUGACACGCUGACUAAAAGAACCUCGACCACCACAUCCAGCUCUCUUCAAAACCUGAUCAUUUUUAGAUUUGAUGGAGAAGUAAACGUGUUUUUCACUCCACUGUUGUUGGAUGCUUUACAACGGUAUGUUGAUAAUCUCUGUGCCAAUUUAUUAUUUUUUUAGAGAAGUGAGCUCAUARCUUAAAGGUCCACGUGUA